CGAUCCAAUACUUCAACUUAGCUUCCCUCUCCACUCCAUAAUCUCCUGCCUCUAGCUUUUUUGCCUGAAAAAAAAAGGAAAAAAAACAAAAAUGCCUCUAGUUACCGAGACCGUGACAUUCAGGAUGUUCUCCUCCGCCAGCGACGUAUGGAGCGCCGUCACCGCCGCCACAGCUGUUUUCCCGAUGGCGAUGCCCAACCUCUACGCCGGCAUCAAGCGCAACCGCCGCGACGGCUUCACCGAAGGCUCUAUCCGCGACAUCACUUUCGGCCCUGCUUACAGCAGGGUGGUGGGAUCGGGGAGGGAAGAGAUCCUUGAAGUUGACCAUUCCAACAUGACGGUGAAGACGACGAUGAAUGACGACGGAGCAUUCGUGCCGCGGCUCUUCGACAGCGUCGACAUCACGACGGCCGUGGUGCCUUCCUCCCGCGCCAACCUUAGGGCCACAGGCUGCACGAUUACUUGUGUUGGGCGAGAUCAGAGCUGA